AUGCGAAUCCGCAAGACUCACGAUAUUCCCGUGGUACACGAGCUGGUCAAGACGCCCUCGGGAGAAGAGAGCCCCGCCGCUCUGGCCGGGGUGCCGCCCGCGGCCGUGCUGAUCGCCGUCGCCGGGGAGCAUACUCUCCGGCUGCGAUACGAGGAAUGCAUCGGAAGGAUAAGCGCCAGGGGACGGCCGAUCACGCUCGCCUUCCGGCAGCUGCACGCCGCGAUAGACAGGGGAGCGACCAGGCGGUAUUGGCAAGGUUACCUCAGGCUCAAGACAGGUGACAGCGUUUGGACCGGGCUGUUCUACGUGCUUCGAGAGGACGGGAGCUUUUCGUCCUUCCCGUCUAAGGACAUCCAGGGGCAGUCCCCCGUGAAGACGAUGCGAGUCGGCGGCGACUGCACUCUCAUACACGGAGAAAGCCUCAAGCAGUUUCUGGGAGGGGAUACCGCCGUUUCCGGCGCAACUGGAGGCGGCGGCGGCGGCGGCGGCGGCGGGACGAGCGGCGGAGCCGGCGGCGGUGGUGGCGGUAGCGGUAGUGGCGGCGGGAGGGGCGCGGGUUUUCACGAAACCAGCGGCGGUGGCGGUGCGGGAGCGGUGGGUGGUGGAGCGGGUGGGGACGCGUGGUGGUUGGAGUGCUUCGCGGUUCUAGCGCCGGACGGACUGCAGCUGUUCCGCGCGCCCUCUCCCUCCGCCAGGCUCGACUGGUUGUCGGCCUUCGCCGUGGUUACCACCGCCCACGAGCUCGGCCUUUGCAAGACUCCGUCGGUGCCCCCGCCGCUACCGCCAUCGCCCAUGACAGCUGCGGCGACAGCCGGCGACGCACGAGAAGAAUCGUCGGCAGCGCUAAGGUCGUCAAGGCUUGGGAGGAGGUGGGGGUACAGGGGCGGGCGGAAGAGCGAUCCGGAGGGGGAAGAGGAGGAGGAGGAGGAGGAGGAGGAGGAGGAGGAGGAGGAUCAGGAUCAGGGAGGGGCGUGGGGGGAGACGGCGGCGAUCGGGGGCCGCGUCGCGGCUGCGGGGGUGAGGGUGAUCACUGCGUCGCCCCCGAGGAGCGUGAUGCAGGGCUUCCUGAGGAAGAGGGCGGCGGCGAGGUCGUGGGGGUCGUCGGGGGUGUGGGAGUACCGGUGGGUGGUGUUAAGGGAUGAUGGGCGGCUGCUGUGGUACCUGUCGGUGCCCGCGGACCCCUGGGAGGUGCCGAACGGUUACCUCUGCCUCCGCGGCGCAGGGGUUUCGUUUUCAGAAAGCGUUUUGCUUAGGAACCACCUCCGGGAAGACGAGCCACAGCAGCAGCAAGAGGGAGAGAGGCGGGUGGUGUUCCUGAGCACGUGGGGAACGGAGGAGCGAGCGGAGUGGGUCGAGGCUCUCUCAAAGUACACGGAAAGCAGCGGCAGUGGCGGCGGCGGUAGUGGCAAGAACGAGCCACGCGCCGACUGCGGCAGGGAGCUGAGGCUCAGGGCGGAAGAACGGCGAAGGAAGGGGCUUGCGCGCCUCUUGGAAACGCCGGAGGAGGUCUUGAGCAACCCUCACGAGGCCUUCGCCCUGCUGGUCGGCGGCGGCAGCGGCGGCGGAGUGACGAGGGGCGAGUUCUGCGAGAGCGCCGGGAAGCACCUGCUACCCAUGUGCGACGUCUACACCGCGGGGACCGUGUUCGACGCCCUGUGCCCCAAGCGAACGGACGUCCCAGACAACCCCGGCCCUGGUUCCUCUGGGGAAGGUCUAGAGGAGCUCUUGGACCUGAUGGGGGAAGGCGCCCAGGCGAGAGGGGUCGACGGCGUCAGGACCGGGAGGGUUCACGCUGAGGCACUCGCGGGGCAAGGCAUCGGCGAGCGGCUAACAUUCGAUGUGUUCCGGCGGUACGCGGAAGCCCUUUCGCGGGCCUUCCGUCCCUCCGACUCCCACCCCUCCUGGGAGGACCUGCGCAUCCGGCUGGGUCUCCACCCUUUGGAGGCGUUGAUCAUGGGGGAAGAGUUCGUCGCGGAGGCCCCCCGUUCUUCCUUUUCGCAGCUGGACCUGAUGGCCCUCGCCGGGUGGUCCGGAAACCUCUUCCUCACGGACCGCCACCUGGUUCUGCACUUUCCCAAGCGGCAGCAGGCUCGAGUUGUGCCCCUCGGGAGCGUUCAGGAUGUCCGGGGGUCCAGCAGCCGCGCCGGUCCGUUCACGGUGGACGAUGCCAUCGAGCUCUUCGGCUGCGAGCGGCGGGUUCGGCGGCGGCGGCGGUGCGAGGGGGCACGGCGGAGAGGUGGAGGCGGCGGCGGCGGCGGCGGCAGCGGUGGAAGACGGAGCGGAGGCUCGCAGGGGCGACCGGAAGGUGUACCGGCUGGUGCUGACAAAGGUGAAGAUGCAGAGGCUAGUGUCGAAGCCAGAGGAGUGCGGCGGGACUCGGCAGGACUGGCUCGACUGCCUGCGGGAGAUGGUGGAGGCGCACAAGCUCUCCCGAACACCGCGUCCAACGCGGCCGCCGCCUCCGCCGUCAAGACUACGGGAGUACGAGGGCGACGGGAGAAGAGGCGGCGGCGAGCCGAGCUUUCCGCCGUUGUUUGCCGCCGCGAGGACGUCGGCGAGCCUCCCGGCGGGGAGCCCCGCGGUUUCCACCGCCGACGCGGGGGGUGGGGCUAG